UUUCCUCCCCAUUUCCUACUCCGCUUCCGCUCUCUCCUCCCGCCGUCGCAAGCAUCUCCCGUCCUCUGAUUACUCGCUCCCCGAACCGCCUCUCGCCUCGCGUCGCCUUCGCUGCCUACCUAGGGUUUCCGCCUCGCCUCGGGUCCCGCGCCCCACCCACGGUUCCGGCGGCCGCGCGGCGGGUGUCGCUGUUCGCGGGCGCGCUAGCUCGCUCGCUCGCCGGUGGUUGAGCUGGGUGAGGGACGCCACUUCUGGUGGGCGCUUCCGGUAGUUUGAUACGGUUGCUGAGCCACGGGGAACGGCAGCCAUGUCGCAGGCGAAUUGGGAGGCUGAUAAGAUGCUGGAUGUCUACAUAUAUGACUAUUUUUUGAAGAGAAAUUUGCAGGCAACUGCAAAGGCCUUCCAAGCGGAAGGGAAGGUCUCAUCAGAUCCAGUUGCAAUUGAUGCUCCGGGUGGCUUUCUGUUUGAAUGGUGGUCGGUGUUUUGGGAUAUAUUCAUCGCACGAACAAAUGAGAAGCAUUCAGAUGUUGCAGCAUCAUAUAUCGAGACCCAGCUAAUUAAAGCAAGGGAGCAGCAGCACCAACAACAACCUCAGCAGCAGCAAAUACAAAUGCAACAAAUGUUGUUACAGAGAGCUGCACAGCAGCAGCAGCAGCAGCAGCAACAGCGUAGAGAUGGUUCUCAUCUUCUCAAUGCUACCGCAAGUGGAUUUUCUGGAAGCGAUCCUUCAAUGCGACAAAAUCCAGCUACUGCAAAUUCAAUGGCAGCAAAAAUGUAUGAAGAGAGGUUAAAACUCCCACCCCAGAGAGAUUCUUUGGAUGAUGCAUCAAUGAAGUUGCAGCAAAGAUAUGGAGAAAAUACUGGGCAAGUAACUGAUCCAAACCAAGCAUCAUUACUGAAAGCAGCUGCAAGCGGACAAUCCUCAGGGCAAAUUUUGCAUGGGACUGCUGGUGGUUUAUCAGGCACUCCACAACAAGUUCAGACAAGAAGCCCACAACAGCCUAUGGCAGAACAGAAUAUCAAGGCUGAGAUCAAUCCAGUAUUGACACCCAGAGCUGCAGGUACCGAGGGCUCAUUGAUUGGUCUCCAAGAAUCUAAUCAGGCUGGAAACAACUUAACUCUGAAAGGAUGGCCACUCACGGGACUUGAUCAUCUUCGCUCUGGAAUUCUGCAGCAGAAGUCAUUUAUGCAGUCUCCACAGCAAUUUCAGCAACUCCAGUUUCUGACACCUCAGCAGCAGCAGCAGCUUUUGCUGCACGCACAGCACAAUAUGUCUUCCCUGGUAUCUAGUGAUGUUGAUAGCAGAAGAUUAAGGAUGCUUCUUAACAACAGAAAUGUGGUCCUUGGACAGGAUGGGCAGACAAACAAUGGUGGUGAUACUAUUCCAAAUAUUGGUUCUCCUGGUCAAAGUGGUGGAUCACGUAGUGAUAUAGAUAUGCUGAUAAAGAAGAAACUUGCUUUUAUACAGCAGCAGCAGCAGUUGCAGCAGCACAAUCAUAGCCAGCAGCAGCAACAGCAGCUUCAGCAACCUGCGCUAUCUGGCCAGCAGUCUCAAAGCUCAAACCAACUUCUUCAUCAACAUGGAAAGUCAGGAGUUGGAAGUAUGCAUAUUGACGGAGGCAUGCCAAACUCUUUUGGAUUUCCUGACCAAGCAUCAAAGAAGAGAAAGAAACCUGUCUCAUCCUCUGGUAGAGCUAAUAGUUCAGGAACAGCAAACACUGCUGGGCCAUCACCUAGCUCCGCACCCUCGACACCUUCCACUCAUACACCAGGAGAUGCAAUGUCCAUGCCACAGCUGCAGUAUAAUGGUGGUCCAUCAAAACCAUUGAUGAUGUUUGGCUCUGAUGGCACCGGAAGCUUGACUUCUCCAGCAAACCCGCUGGGUGAUAUGGACCGUUUCCUGGAAGAUGGUUCCUUGGAUGAAAAUGUAGAAUCUUUUUUGUCCCAGGAUGACAUGGAUCCUCGAGAAACAAUGGAACGCUGUUUGGUUUCUAGUAAAGGAUUGGGUUUUACUGAAGUUGCAAAUGCCUGUGCAAGUACAAGCAAAGUUGUUUGUUGCCAUUUCUCAUCAGAUGGGAAACUGCUUGCCACUGGAGGACAUGAUAAAAAGGUUUUUUUAUGGUUUACGGAUGUGCUAAAACCCAAAUGUACAUUAGAAGAGCACUCACUGAUAAUUACAGAUGUGCGCUUUAGCCCUGGCAUGACCCGUCUUGCGACAUCUUCCUUUGACAAAACUGUGCGGGUUUGGGAUGCCGACAAUCCAGAUUAUUCGCUCCGUACUUUCACAGGUCAUUCAGUAUCUGUUAUGUCACUUGAUUUUCACCCAAAUAAAGAAGACAUCAUUUGCUCAUGUGAUAGUGAUGGGGAAGUAAGGUGUUGGAGCAUAAAUAAUGGUAGUUGUGUGACCUGUGUUAGGGUCUUCAAUGGAGGUGCCACUCAGUUGAGAUUUCAACCUCGCCAGGGUAAAUAUCUAGCAGCUGCCUCAGAGAAGGUGAUAUCCAUACUGGAUGCGGAGACACUACAAGUUUGUAGAACUGCUUUGCAGGGGCACAUACACGUUAUUCAGUCAGUUUGUUGGGAUGCUGCCGGUAACUAUUUGGCCUCUGUCAGCGAAGAUUCUGUCAGGGUGUGGUCAUUUACUUCAGGGAAUGAUGUGGAAUGUGUACAUGAGUUGAAUUGCAGCGGUAACAAGUUUCAUUCGUGUGUUUUCCACCCAAGUUAUCCAUCUUUGCUAAUAAUUGGUUGUUAUGAGUCCUUGGAGCUUUGGGACAUAAGGGAGAAGAACACUGUAACCAUCAACAACGCUCAUGACGGCUUGAUUGCCGCCCUGGCUGCAUCGAGUGCGUCGGGGUUGGUUGCCUCAGUAAGCCAUGAUAAGCUCGUCAAGCUCUGGAAAUGACACUGAGGCAGCAACGGUCGUCUGCCUGACAUUUCCCAUCGUGGUAGGCUGUCUUCCAGUGGCCUGCGCGUACUAUCAAAGAUUUGUCAUGGGCAGAUCGCAAUCCGCCAGCAUACUAACCUCUGAUGUACUUUUUUCAUACAGUCCUCUCCAUUCCCCCUUUCCUCAGCCAUUAAUCUUCUAAAUCAAAUGUGCUCCGAAAAUACGAUUUAGCGCAAAGUUGCAUUGCUUGCUGCUUA